AUGGGGAAUCAAGCUGAUAAUAAGUUCACUUGGAUGAUUAAGAAUUUCAACACUUUCUUUGCUGAAAGGUGCACUUAUUCUGAUAUAUUUGUGGCUGGACGCUGCAGAUGGCGCUUAAUGGCCUAUCCCAAGGGAUCUUAUAAGCAUGAUUACUAUGGUAAUCAUCUAUCUCUGUAUAUAUGUGUUCCUGAUUCUGAAUCUUUGCCUUCCGGAUGGAGUAGAAACGCUAAAAUUUCCUUCACAAUCGCGACUCAAACCUUGGGUGAACUCUCCCAUAUGCGAGAAGCAGAAUACUGGUUUGAUCAAGAGAACGCAACACAGGGUUUUGAAUGCAUGUUACGUCUUUCCGAGCUUCAUGGUAGAGAUAAUGGCCUUCUGGUAAAUGGAGCAGUCAAGGUUAUUGCAGAAGUAAAUGUUCUUGAAGUUAUUGGUAAACUAGAUGUACCAGAGGAACCAAAAAGCAUUGAUAUCAAAGGGGUUCAAGUCCUUGCUUCACAAGUAGAAUCUGUGAACAGUCUGUUUGAAAAGUACCCAAGCUUUGCUUCAAAACUCUGUUCCAAGAACCCACAAUUGCAGAAAACAUACUUGAAUAUUGCACAAAAUCUGACUGAGAUUUUGUGCAAGUCCCCAGAGGAACUAUCCAAUGGUGAUCUGGCUGAGGCAUAUUCUGCACUACGAUUUGUGACAAAUGCAGGGUUUAAGUUGGAUUGGUUGGAGAAGAAAUUGAAAGAGGCUGGUAAGACCCGGCUUCAUGAAAUUGAGCAAGAGUUGAAGGACUUGAAUCUGAAGUGCGCAGACAUGGAAGCCCUGAUUAUAUUCUUACGAUGA